AUGGACAACUCAUCAUCAAUGUCGUCUAGUAGCGACUGUAAACUUUCGAUGCUAUGGAAUUGGUACACAGUUGAUGCCUGCUUUCUUUCUUCAACAUGGCAAAUUGAAAGUAACGCCAUGUUUGCCGCCUCUUGCAUUGGUGUUGUGCUCCUUGUUAUCAUGCUUGAGUUGCUAAGGCGCUUGGGCAAGGAUUAUGACAACCUGAUCCUGCGCCACUUCCAACGCCAUAUCGCGGCUCAAACAUCUUCGCCUAGCAAUGCGUGCUGCUCAGCCAGUCCGACGCCGGGCCAUAUGAUAGUGACUUUCCGUGCUUCACCCCUACAGCAGCUCAUCCGGGCUGUCAUUCAUGGUGUCACAUUUGGAGUCGCGUACAUCGUUAUGCUGCUCGCCAUGUACUUCAACGGCUACAUAAUCAUCUCUAUCAUUACCGGUGCCACUCUCGGCAAGUUCUUGUGUGACUGGAUGGUGCACAAAGUUGCAGUUGAUGGCAAGAUACAAGGGGAAAGACCUGCUGCCGGGAUUCAAGAGACUACGGUGUGCUGCAGCUGA